UGUACGCAUGCGCAGUCCAGCAUUUUGGAAGUGUUGGAAAGCUUUUUAUUUCAGUUGUCUUUUUUUAAAAAUUGCUAUUAUUUACGAGUCUUUUUUUACUACCCUUUUCAGAAAUUACCUUCAUGAUGGCGGAUCCAAGAAUACGCCAGAUAAAAAUAAAGACUGGAGUCGUGAAACGACUGGCUAAAGAAGAGGUAUUGUACAUAAAGGAGGCAAAACAGCAGGAGGAGAGAAUCGAGCGCCUGAAAGCCGAGGCAGGGGACGAGUAUCUCAUCAAGAAACAGAUGGAGGUGUUGCAGGAGUCAAGAAUGAUGAUUCCAGACUGUCACCGCCGUUUAGCCAUGGCUCAUGCUGAUCUGCAGCAGCUGUUGGAAAUUGAGGUAGAUCUGGAAGAAUCAGAAGAAUACAAGGAGGCCAGAAGUGUUUUAGAAUCUGUCAAACUGGAGGGAUGAUAUAAACACGUGCAACAAGGGUCCAUUCCAUUAGUCAGGACUUAAAUGUUGAUGCAGACACAAGUCUGGUCAUUGUCUUUGUGUUUAUUUUUAACAUGAUGAAUUGCGUGCCUCUUUGUCCUCUGUUGAUUUGUUCAAACUUACAAAAUUCAAUAAAACAUUCUUGCUGUACAA